AUGGUUGUGAUUUCAAUUAGUUUAAAAUUUCACCCAUUGUUUCUUGAUGCAUUGUAUCUCAUUUUGAAUUCUUUUCUAACUCCAGCCCAAGCUGUGGAUAUUUCUGGACCAUCAUUUAUCCCUAUGAAGGCGGGAGAAAAUAUUACUCUUAACUGCCCAUUUGUGGCGGGUCAGGGUGUGUUAAAUAUUGUCAUUUGGUACAAACAAAUAUUUGGAGAGAUGCCUAAAAAAGUGGGUGAAAGAUCAUCAUAUACAGAUGUCAAAAUCAGCCCAGAGUUCAAGACAUCAGGAUUUAAAAUGGAGGCAACUGAUCACAGCUUUUCCCUGAAAAUUUCACAUGUAAAGAAAGAACACCAAGGUCUUUACUACUGUGUAGAAUUUAGCUGGGAUAAUGUGUCACUAUCCAGAGGAAUGCUCUUGGCUGUAACAGAUGACAGAGAUGUAAAAGUGUCAGUGGUCCAGAGCGGCGUGUCGGACUCGGUUCCUGCAGGAGCGUCAGUGACUCUGCAGUGCUCGGUUCUCUCUGAGAGCAGAUCAGCAGUACUCCAAGUGCUCUGGUUCAGAGCUGCUCCACCACAAUCCCAUCCUCAAAUCAUUUACACUCAUCACAACAGCAGCCAUCAGUGUGAGAGCGGCUCUUCUACACACACCUGUGUGUACAACUUCUCCAAGAACAUCCUCAGCCUCAAUGAUACUGGAACUUACUACUGCGCUGUGGCCGUGUGUGGGAAGAUCAUUUUUGGGAACGGAACCCGAGUAGAAUUGGAGAAUGUACCAGAAAUUGGUUAG